UCACCUAGAAGCGUCGCACCAGCUCGAGUGCACUCAAGUGUUGAUGUUAUACUUACUUUUUAUUUAUGAUUAUUUAUAAUAAGAAGCUUUUCAAUUAAUUCAUGACGUAAAUUAUUUUGAAAAACGGAUACUUUUUUUCCUCACAGUUUUUGUAUGGAACACUAACUCUUAAGUAUUUUCCGUUCACCUGUGCUUGUCUUUUGAGGCUGCGUUUACAUUUUUGAACGUCAUAAGGCUGUCUUAUUUUCUUUUUUUUUUAAUAAUAUUGAACUGAUUUUCGACAUGUGGACCUUUCUUGGAAUCGCAAGUUUUACAUAUAUCUAUAAGAAAUGCGAUGCUCUGGUGAGUUACGCGCCCAGAGAGCUGGUCGUGGCCGCGGUCCUGUGCGUGUCCGUGGGUCUGAUGGUCACCUGUUUCGGCUUUCGCGGACAGACGCUCAAAGCGCCUCAAUUUCUCCAGAUGCCUCUCAAACUCUUGACUUCGUUCCCUCCGACCAAAAAACUCUUCGCCAAGUCCAGUACAGACAGUUGUAGUCGCUCUUCUAAGAAGAGAGAUGUAAAGCGAAAGAGGGCGACAGACAGUCAGUCCGGUCAGGCAGAUGAUCCAGAGGUCGUCAUAGUGGGCGCUGGUGUGCUGGGGUCAGCCAUGGCCGCCGUUCUGGCCCGGGAUGGCCGGAGGGUGACAGUGGUGGAGAGGGACAUGAAAGAACCAGAUCGGAUAGUAGGAGAACUUCUUCAGCCAGGAGGCUGUCGGGCACUCGAAGAACUUGGGCUGGAAGGUACUGUUGAAGGUCUGGACGCCCAUGUGGUGCACGGUUACGUAGUCCAUGACCUGGAGAGCCGAACAGAGGUGGAAAUCCCGUAUCCAGAGCAGGAGAACAGCAUUCGCGGUGGACGUGCUUUCCAUCAUGGACGCUUCAUCAUGGGACUGCGUCGAGCUGCUCUCGCUGAGCCCAACGUGAAGUUUGUGGAGGGAACGGUGACCAGCCUGGAGGAAGAAGAUGGUUGUGUGACAGGAAUUCAGUACAGGGAGAAGGACUCGGGCAUGAUCAAGGAAAUCCACGCUCCUCUGACUAUAGUUGCUGACGGAUGUUUCUCCAAGUUCCGUAAGAAUCUGAUUUCUGGGAAAGCUAAAGUUUCUUCUCAUUUUGUUGGAUGCAUAAUGAAGGACUCUCCUCAGUUCAAGCCCCACCAUGCAGAGCUGGUUCUAGCUAAUCCCAGUCCAGUGUUGAUCUAUCAGAUCUCCUCCAAUGAAACUCGAGUUCUGGUGGACAUCAGAGGAGAGAUGCCUCGAGACCUUAUGCAGUACAUGACGGAAAAAAUCUGCCCACAACUACCAGAGCACUUAAGAGAGCCGUUCACGUUGGCACUGCAAAAUGAUCGCUUGAGAACUAUGCCCGCCAGCUUCCUGCCACCCGCACCAGUCAAUAAACAAGGGGUUCUGCUGUUGGGCGAUGCGUAUAACAUGCGUCAUCCUCUGACCGGCGGCGGCAUGAGUGUGGUGCUGAAUGACGUCCGCAUCUGGAGGGACCUGCUCAAGAACAUCCCAGAUCUCUAUGACAAUACAGCUGUGCUCCAGGCAAAGAAGAAAUUCCACUGGGAGCGGAAAUCAUCUCACUCGUUCGUGGUAAACGUCUUGGCUCAAGCUCUGUACGAGCUGUUUGCUGCGACCGACAAUUCGCUGCACCAGUUGAGAAGAGCCUGUUUCCACUAUUUCAAGCUUGGCGGAGAAUGCAUCAACGGACCGAUCGGCCUUCUGUCUGUAUUGUCUCCAAAACCCUUUACCUUGAUCGGUCACUUUUUUGCUGUGGCAUUGUACGCCAUAUACUUCAGCUUCAAAUCUGAAUCCUGGCUCACAUUACCACGAGCGCUGGUCAACAGCAUAGCCAUCCUGUACAGAGCCUGUGCCGUCAUGUUUCCUUUAAUUUACUCUGAGUUACAAUACCUCAUUUACUAGGAAGGAACUUCUUUCAAACUGAAAAACAAACUGAUUUGAUCAGUCGCCAAAUGCGACACAUCUAUCACUCUUGGCUACAUGCGAAUGCCUCAUUUUCUUUGGGGAAAAAAAGAUUCAUGUCAGACUCAACACUGCACAAGGAACAAGUCUCAGAUGAGGAAAUGCAUAUGGUGUCUGAUAUUAAUAAACAAAGACCUUGCCUUAUAUUUUCAUACACUAAUGCGCUAAGUGCUAACGCUAUUGAAAUUUGCCUUAACCUGCGGUUAAAUGAGGGAAAAUCCUGUGCUUUAUUUUCAAGUCAGCAUGAAUUUUAUGCAGCCUGACAUGUUUCAGAGAAACGUGCAUGAGGGAAGUAAAUCUGGUCAAUUUUAAUUUCUUCUGAGUGCAAAAUAAGUUAAUUCAUAAAGAUUAAACCACUAGGCUGCUUAAAUUGUAAAAUAGUGUGUAUAUUUUAGCUGUUUUCAAAACAUGAAGGACAAUCAGUGGAACUGCAUCUCAUCUGCAGCUGAAGCACUUGUUUUCCUCACGUGCAUUGCUAUAUUGCAGUUUCAGACUUUUGUGUCCAUUUAUCAUGAUUUUCACAUGCGGCCUUCCAUUAUUAUUUUUGCCUUUCUGUGUUGUUUUCAAGCCAGCAUUCAGUGCUGUCACAUAAAUGACAUAUGCAACGAAUAUGGCAUUCAGUAGAGUAAAAUCAUGCGGAUAUUUACUGAACAGAGGACAAGAGCCUUAAUGUGAAGACUAAUUUAGCUAUGAGUUUGUGGUUUUGUGUUCAUAGUAUUUCUGGCUUUGUGCACAUAUAGCCACUCUAUGGAUUGUUCUUUCAUAUAAUUUAUCCUCUUUGUAUAUUGCCUUUUUUUGGAGUCAAAUAUAGUUUGAAUUAUUAUAACAGACUGGAAUGACCCAGUGACAUUUGAAAACCUGUUUUACAGGAUUUGUAUUAUAAUAUCUAUCAUUUAAGAGUUUUUGUGGGACAAAUAAACACAUUUUGUGCAAAUUACAACACGUCCACCAGGUGGCACCAGCAGGAUGAAAAUAGAGUCACUCUGGUCUUGUAAACAAAAUAAAAAUUUUAAACAUGA